AUGACUAGACGCCGUCGCGAUCAAUUCCAUCAACAAAAACUCGAUCAACAGAAGAACGCGAUCAGAGACUUCGCCAACGCCUCCGAGGAUAUUGUCAACGCUGGGAAUCAUGCGAAAACGUACUUGAGGAUUAUAACAAGCGGCGAUCCCACCGCGUUUCCAUUGCACAAAGAGCAAGCCCAGAUCGUCGCCGCAUUCAAAGAAGCGUUCCCAAAUCAAAAUAUCGAAGUGAUGACGAAAGAAGAGUUAGAGGCGAUGGCUGCGUCUCCGAAGUUUGCCGAAUUCAAAGAUAAGUUCAAGGAUAUGAUCCCUGAGUACAAACGCGCCACGUUUGUACGCUUGCGAGCUGAUGAAGCAUACGGGACUCGCAAUUCUAUAUUGGUUCCAAGACUGCUCUUCAUGGGAAUCGAGAUGCGACGAAACACGGAGGGUGUGAACAGGAGACUUCAAGCCCAAAUAAUUGCUAAUAAUGCAACGGUUCGGCAGGAAUAG